AUGAAGCGACCGGCCGCGCCUCUCGUCGACUACGCUUCCGACGACGACCACGAAACACCACCACGGACUGACGUGCCAUCGCCACCUCCGCCGGUGAAGAAGAGAAAGCUCCCCGCUUUGUCUUCCUCACUCAAGCCGUCCACGCCGGUCGACAAUCCAGCACUACAUCAAGGGAGGAUUAGGACCGCACCUUACAUUGAGGGCCAAUAUGCGGCGUAUGUUUACGUGCCAGUGAUCUUGGAACCAGCGAGUAAGUUGCUCAGGCUGGUGAGGAAAGCAUACAAAGAGGCGAAGAAGAGCGUGCCUAUCCUACAUCCUAUAGACGCGUCUUUCAGAGGCCUCAAGUCGGAGAAAGCCAGUGAUACUUCAUGUGUUGAAUCAGCGUUUGACCCAAGUGUGCCGCACGAACUGCACGUAUCUCUCUCCCGACCCAUCUUUCUUCGGGCUCAUCAGCGUGACGAGCUGACGCGCGCUGUCAGGUCAAUCACACUAUCUCAUUCCUCGUUCUCUGCGUCGUUUGCCAUAUUUUCUAACCUUACGAAUGACGAGCAAACUCGCAUAUUCCUGACCCUCGAGGUCGGAGCCGGCCACACUGAGCUCUCGAAGCUGUCCGCAGCCUUGACGCCUCACCUCCAGCUCCUCCGCCAGAAAUCGUUCUACUCGGAACCACGAUUUCAUGCCUCCUUUGCUUGGGCUCUCUUGUCUUCUGCGCCAGUCGCCGAUGAAUCACAUUCGGCCAUCUCGACCUCUCGCAUUGAAGGCCAUCUGCAAUCCCCGUCGCAGAACCGAGACGCCAGCGCCUUCCCCACAAUCCCGGCACUCCCCGUAGACCUGGUACCCAAACUUAACUCUGCUUUCGCUUCGCAAUUGGCGUCGCCUCAUGUUGGAAGCUUCGAGGUGACCGAGGUUUGCGUGAAGAUCGGAAAGGUCGUUUCGCGUUUCAAGCUUGGUAGAAGUUCUUGA